CUCUCUCUCAAAAUGCAAUCACUUUUUUGUGGUUGCUAUGGGGAAUCAUGUUCAACACUGGCUUGUGCAACUUUGACACUCGUUGCAACCAACAAGACAUGAAUGCUCUCUUAAACUUCAAGCAAGGAGUUACAGAUCUCUCAGGUGUCCUUUCCUCAUGGACCACUCAACUAGAUUGUUGUCAUUGGAAAGGUGUCAUUUGUAGCAACAUCACUAGUAGAGUCAUUGGAAUCUCUCUCCCAUGUUCUACAACUCUUCCAAGCUACAGUGACGAAGAAGAUAAAUCUCAUUGCCUUACAGGUUCCAUUCACCUCUCCUUGUUGUUAGUGGAGUUGGAAUUUUUAGAUUACCUGAAUUUCACAAACAAUGACUUCUUAGCAUUACAAUUUGAUUAUCAGCAUAAUCAUAAUUGUCACAAUUUAUCUAUACCUACUUCUCGUCAGUGUGUCAACUCUUCAACUCUUCGUCAUCUUGAUUUAUCAUUUAACAGGAAUCUUGUUAUCAAUAACCUUAAAUGGCUUCCCUACAUUUCCACCUUGGAAUAUCUUAACCUCUGCACUGUUGAUCUUAGCGAGGAAACUAAUUGGCUUCAAUUAGUGACUAAGCUUUCAUCACUUUCAGUCCUUGCUAUGUGUGAUUGUCAGCUUAAAGACUUGAGUUUGUCUCUCCAGUAUGCUAAUUUUACUGGCCUUCAGGAUCUUGACCUUUCUUUCAAUGAAUUCAAGUCAGAGUUACCUAAGUGGCUAUUCAAUCUUAGUUCCACUAUCCGUAGUUUAUACCUUAGCAACAAUUCUUUAAUGGGACAUCUACCUAAAGAUUUGUUAAAUCUUCAAGAACUGGAAGACCUGGUUAUGACUGGCAAUAACUUUGAUGGACCCAUUCCAGAUUGGUUAGGUCAUUUCAAACAUUUAAAAACUAUUGAUCUUAGUUUUAACAUGUUUUCUGGAUCAAUUCCUACAAAUUUGGGAAAUCUAUCAACCUUGAUUACCUUGGGUGUUGGCUUUAAUACAUUAACAGGAGUUGUGUCUGAGAGAAAUUUAGCCAAAUUGUCAAAAUUAAAGUCAUUGCAUAUAUCUUCAUAUUCCACGUUAAUCUUUGAUUUUGACUCGGAUUGGAUUCCACCUUUCCAACUUGAGGAAUUAACACUUAAGUUUUCAAAUCCGGACCUUCCUGCGUGGUUGUAUACACAACGAUCUAUUGAAGGUUUAUUUAUAUUCGAAUCAUCAUUUGAGGCUCCACACAAAUUUUGGAAUUUGGUAUCAUCAGUGAUUGAGCUCGUAUUACAAGACAACUCGAUAGUUGCGAACAUGUCAAAUGUGUUGUUGAAUUCUACCCUCAUUGUUCUGGAAUCGAAUGGUUUGAAAGGUUGCUUGCCUCAAUUAUCACAACAGGUGAAGAUUGUCAUGUUAUCAAAUAAUUCAUUAUCGGGAGAACUGUCUCCCCUCUUAUGUGGUCAUAAUGUGUCGAAUGGGAAAAACAAUUUGUUGUAUUUGGACCUAUCAUUCAAUAAUAUAUCUGGAGGGCUUACGAAUUGUUGGAAGAAUUGGAAAUCUUUGGUUGCAAUUCACUUGGGAAGCAAUAAUCUAUCAGGAAAGAUACCUUCAUCAUUGGGCUUCUUAUCUAAUCUCACCUCACUCUAUUUGCAUGAGAAUAAUCUACAUGGUGAGAUUCCUCUGUCAUUGCGUAAUUGUCACUCUCUGUUGACUUUUAAUGUUCGCAAUAACCAAUUAUCAGGAAACAUACCAGAUUGGAUAUCUCAUGGUGUAUUGGCUCUCCAAUUAAGGUCCAAUCAUUUUACUGGUAAAAUCUCACCACAAAUAUGUGAAAUGUCUUCCCUAAUUGUGUUGGAUAUUUCACAAAACACAAUCUCCGGUCAUAUACCCAAUUGUCUUGGUAAUAUCAAAACUCUACUUUUCAACAAUGUUUCACGCAACAAACUUUCAUUUAAAUUUCCUUUAUCAUCUUCUAAUAGUUACUUAUUCUUUGAGGAUAGUCUAGAAUUGGUUACUAAAGGUCAGGUAUUACAAUAUGAAAAAAACCUACAUUUUAUGACCUUAAUUGAUAUGUCAAGCAACAAUUUGUCGGGAAGAAUACCUCCACAAAUGUUUAGUCUCAUUGGAUUGCAUUCCUUGAAUUUAUCCAACAACAAAUUAGAAGGAGAAAUACCAAAUGAGAUAGGAAAUAUGAAAAACUUGGAGUCCCUCGAUUUUUCAACAAACCAACUUGGGGGAGUAAUUCCUGAUAGCUUAUCCAGAUUGUCCUUUUUGGGUUACUUGAACUUGUCAUUCAACAAUUUGACAGGGAAAAUACCAUCAGGCACACAACUUCAAGGGUUUUCUGUACUUAGUUACAUGGGCAAUCAUGAUCUUUGUGGACCCCCACUUACCAAAUCGUGCUUUCCGGAUGAUGAACAUAAAAAGAGAGAGCUUGUGCAUGAAGAUGGAAAUCAAUUUAAAUUUUGGACAUGGUUUUACAUCGGACUGGAAUCUGGAUUUGUGACAGGCUUUUUGGGAGUUUGUUGUACUAUUUUCUUAAACAGAAAAUUGAGGCAUGCUUUCUUUAAGUUUCUUUAUGACUUGAAAGAUCGAAUUCAUAUUAUGGUGAUGACAAACAUUAAUCGCUUACAUAACUAUACUGGUAUCUUUCAUUCAUAAAAAAGGAAAGAAAGGAGUCAUCAAGGUUAGAAGAAGAGAAGAUGGUGGUGAAGUUCUUACAAGCAAUGUCAGCAGUGAUGAGCUUAAUAUUUAAAUUUGAUUAUUAUUAAUAGUUGUUGUAUUUUGUUUUAUCUUUUUAAGUUACAGUGAUGCUUUUCAACUU